AUGGAAACCAUCAAAAUGCAGAAGCAAACCCAAGAUGAAAUUGCAUUGCUGUCAAGGAUGGUGAGUGAACACGACAAAAAAAUGAACAAAACAAUAAAAGAAGCCGAAACGAAUGUCACCAAUAAGCUCGAUAAAACAAUCGAAGAAUCUUCGAGCAACAUCAGAGACUCAAUAUUGGUCUCCAAUCGAACUUUUUUUGGCUUCCAUUGUUCGACAAUUAGUAAUUUUGGUAUUAUUCACAACCAAGUCGCUUCUGUUGAACAAAGUCUACAAGACAUCAAGAACAACCAACAACAGUUUGAAGCAUCAGUUGAUGUUUGUAACAAAGAAACAAAGCAGUCACUUCAGGAAAUUAUGAAGAAGCAUAUGAAUCUCCUAACUUCAUACCAAGAGCGCAUUUUGGAGAAAGAUGCAAUAAUUGCUUCUUUCCAGCAACAAGUUGAAAAAAGUAUGGUUCAAACCCAAGAGUUGAAGUCUGUUUAUGAAAGCAAUUUGAUGGAAAAAGACAAAGAAAUUGCACUCCUAAAACACAGGCAAGAAAGAGAGCAGGAGACAUUUAAAACAGAAAUUGACCACCAGAAAUCCAUCAACUUGAGCAUUUCUGAAGAUAGUAACGCAAAACAAAAUGAAAUUGGGAAUCUGAAAAAAGUGAUUGAGAGAGCCAGAACAUUACUGGGUCCCAGAGCAAAUCUUCUUGGAAAAAAUCAUACAGACUAG